AUGAACCUCACUCGAAUCUCACUCGAUUCCAGAACUGAAUGCCAUGAAAUGGCCAAGAUGUCAGCCGAACGACGGAGUCUUCGUCGACGUAUCGCCGUCUCCACAGUCCUGGUCUUCGCUGUCGUCGGAUCCUUUUUCUUUGUUCUUUUCGCCGGAUCAGGUUUAUGAAAUCUCGGAGUUUCUUUCUAAAACCAGAGUCAUAAAGGAAAUGCUCAACUUCACGUCAAAAGAAGGUCGCCGCGAGGAGUCUCCAACGAGUUUGACGACUGUCGACCUCGUCUUUCUCGUCAGCUAAUCAAGUUUUUUGGAAAGUAAUCUGAAAAGUUUCAGCUUCGAAUGGAUCGUCCCAGUUCCCGCAAGACCUCUUCACGAUGGAGCAAAGAAGACGCGGCGCUGUACUGCUCCACGUCGCCGGCCUCAUCUACAUGUUCGUGGCCCUCGCCAUCGUCUGCGACGAGUUCUUCGUCCCUUCCCUCACUGUUCUCACAGACGUUGUCAGUAUUUCUCUUCUUUGAGCAUUUUGAGGCUCAAAAAAAAAGACAAAGAGUAAUUUCAUAAUAGCCAAUGAUUUUAUUGUUAUAUAAUGAUAAAAAAAAUCAUAUCAUGUAAGAUAUCGAAAAAGAAACUAUUUGACAGAUAUUUACGAUGGGAAAAUGAAGAAAACUUUUAGAUUUUCACAUCAGUUCGGUAGGUCAUAGAUUGGAUCGUUACUGGAAGUUUUUUCAUCGACCUCCCUUUAAAACUUCAUUCCAGAAAAAAAGAAAAUUAUAGUUUGCUUAAAAAUUCUCGCUAGAGUUUUGAGAGCAUUUGUUUGUUUAAAAGCAGUGUUUGAAAGCACGGAGUCUUGCUUAACCAAAAGCGAAACAGAAAACAGCUCUUCGCUUUGAAACUUCUAUGAUAACUGCCCAUGCGCCUUUAAAAAAUCUAGCGGGUAUUUUUGAAGAGACUAAAAUGCAUUUCAGAAAAUUUCUUCGGAAAAAAAAGAAGAAGAAUAUAUUAGCCAAAUCUUUGUAGUUGUCAAUAUCCGACGACGUGGCCGGUGCGACUUUCAUGGCAGCCGGCGGCUCGGCUCCCGAGUUUUUCACCUCUUUAUUCGGUGUCUUUGUAGCUCAGGACAAUGUCGGAGUCGGCACUAUCGUUGGUGAGUCUUCAGAAUUGUUCUGGAAAUCGGAAAUUCAAUCUUCCAGGCUCGGCAACUUUCAACAUUCUUUGCGUUUUGGCGUUCUGCACGCUGUUCUCCCGUCAGGUCCUUCACAUCACCUGGUGGCCUCUUUUUCGGUUUUCUUGUCUGAUCCUUCAGAAUAAUCAAGUCUUCAUCAUACCUCAGAGACAUGUCCUUCUACACGUUCUCCUUACUGCUUCUUCUCCUGUUUUUCUACGACGAGUACAUUGUUUGGUACGAGGUGAGCCCCAAGAAGUCAUACGAACUCCCAUUUAUCCUUGUCAUCCAUCUUCUCGAAUAUUCACGAUGUCUGAACAUGUAUUUAUGAACACUCUUCAGGCGCUCAUCAUGUUCUCGAUUUACAUGGUUUACGGUGUUUUCAUGAAGUUCAACGGGUACCUGGAAUAUCGCGUCAAGGAGUUCCUUCUGCGGCGCUUCGGCAUCGGCAAAGAGGAGGUUUGGACUUUUUUUCAAGUUGAAUGAAAGGAUACAACACUAUUCUCGACCAUUAGAUUACCUUUUCAGGCGAGUAGAGCUCAAAGCAUAGGUCGAACCCCUCGAAGCGUUCUAGGAUCGAACCGUGAACCUCGCAGAUCAAUCCCGUUCAUUCAUGGAGGUCAAUCUCGUUUUUCUGAUUCAAUUUGAACCUGAAAAGUGGCUUGAAAAACAAUAAUGAAGAGCUUCAUCAACUUAUUUCUAUAAUUUUCGAACCUGAUUGUUCCGGUUUAAACUUGAAGAGAAAAAUAAAAUAAACGGAUAUUUGACAGCAGAUAGCUGUGACUGCGCAACUUUUUAGAGGAUUUCAGGCAAAAUUUGACGUUUUAAGUUCAAAGCUUUAUCGGUAGUUUUCGCCUGAAAAUAUUUAAAAAAAAGUUCCGUUUUUUAAGUUUGAAACAAUAAAAUAUAACCCUUUUCGAAAAAAAAAAAACGGUUUCCAGUUCCAUUUUUUUUUUGCUUGAAAGUUUCAAGGCAGCACCAAUAAAACUUUUUUCAAGUUGUUUUUUUAUAUUUAGGUAAUGAUGUGCGCCGAGGAAUCGCUCAAAUGGCGAUUGGAUCAGAAGAUGAAGAUGGUGAGCAUUUUUCAAAGAAAAAGAAACUAAGUCUCGAAAAAAUGUUAUCUUGUCUGUUGAGGUCCUGAGGUUCAUGAUUUCUAUGCCUAGGCUCGUCCUCUCAAACGUCCUCUGCACGGAGUGAACGUCGAAGAAGACGUAAUUCCGUCCAUGCGAAGACUAUCCACGUCAGACCGGCCACUACAGAAUCCAACACCAGCAGAAUCUUCAUUCGCACGAGUUUGGAGAAUGAUUGCGAAAUCGAGGAAAGGCAUCUUCAGAUAACGUGCCGACGGUAAGUGGCGUUGUCGAUGGAGCUAAGAUACAUGAGAAUGGACGGCCGAACGGGAGAGAUUCGAAGAAAGGCGACACGAGGAAUGGAACAACCACUUUGACGCCUGUUGUCGUGAGUUUAUCUGAUAUCAUUGAAUUAAAAACAAAAAAAAUGAAUGAAAUAGUUGAAAAUUUGUUAGAAAAAAAACAUAACAAGCCUGGUUUUCAAUACCGCGUUUAGUUUUCAAACUCUGAGUUGCGCUGAAAUGCGGUCGUUUAACUUUGCAGCCAUUUUGUAGACUUACUGAAAGUUUGUUGUGAUUAAAUUCGAAAAAAUUUUAAAUCAAUAAAAAAUUAACGUAAUUUCUUUUCAAAUGGAAAAAUGUUGGUACCGUCUCGCAACUGGAAAAAAGCUUCAGAACAGCGCUUACCCUUGUUUUUCUUCACUGACAAAUGUUUGAUUACUCAGAACAUCGAGAUGAAUAGGCCUAAAGGAAAUACUGAGAACGGAGUCUCCAUACCGCCCAUAGCCAUCGAUAAUGUUCGUUGAUUAUUCUCCUUUCCUCUCCAAAAUUCGAAAGUUUAGCUUUCAACAACCUCAUCAAGCGCCGAACAGCCUCUAGAUCUUUCCUGGCCUGAUACAAAUCGAAAAAGAUUUGUCUUUUUAUUGUUGGCUCCCAUAGUUUUUCCACUAUGGUUAACUCUACCAGAUGUCCGCAAUUUGGUAAUUAUCCUCUAUUUUCCGAAUUUAAUUUUUCCUUUUCCAGAACCGAAGAAAGUGGUUCGUCCUCUCUUUCGUCGGUUCAAUAUUAUGGAUCGCGCUUUUUUCAUAUCUCAUGGUCUGGUGGGCCAAUACCAUCGGCGAGACUUUUGGUAUUCCUACUGAGGUAUUUUCGAUGUUUCCCACUUUGUAAUUGCUUCAAAUUUAGGUAAUGGGGUUGACGAUUCUGGCAGCUGGAACGAGCAUUCCCGAUCUAAUAACAAGGUUUUUUAUCUGAAAAAAUACUGAACUAGAAAUUUAUCAGUGGGACAUUUAUGCAGUGCUGAUGAAAAAGUUGAUAUUGUUUUCCAAAAGUGAUACUUUUUUAUAACAUGCAAAAAAGAUCAAAAUUUCAAAAAAUGUGAAACAGAAAACAGUAUCCACUUACGGUUUCAAUAAACACAGAAAGAUAACUUUGGUAACUGUUACAGUGUGAUCGUCGCGAGAAAAGGCCUCGGCGACAUGGCCGUCUCGAGUUCCAUUGGCAGCAAUCUUUUCGACGUUUGUGUCGGGUACAAAUUCCACUUUUAUGCUCUACUUGAUAUUGAUCAUCCAGACUUCCGAUCCCAUGGCUCAUCCACUUUGGCCUCUCACUUUUCAAGCCUGGGCCAGUUCAAAACAGUUUGCUUCUGUUUCGAAAUAUGAAAAAAACCGAAAGUUAUUGCAGUAUCGGUGAUGUCGAACGGUCUGGCCUGCUCGCUGGGGCUGCUCUUCGCCAUGCUGAUCGUCCUUCUGGCCUGCAUCGCCUUGUCCCGAUGGAGAAUGGACAAAUUGUUCGGCCUUCUGAUGAUCUUCUCCUACGCCGGGUUCUGCAUGCUGUGCAUUCUGCUGGAGACCGGCCACAUCAAAUGUCCUCUUCGAAAUACUUGUUAG